AGUGAGAGAGACUGCAUUAAGGAAGGAAGCCAAUUCCUUGUUCUCCUAAUACUGUCCAAUAACCCCAAAACAGAGUAAGGGGUUUAAAAUGUAGAGCCUACAUAGAUUUGUAGCUCUUCAUCAGUUUUGUAUUUCUCUCUUUUUCCCUCUCUCCCUUUUUUACAAGUUCAUUGGAGAAAAAUGGAUUUGGAGUGUCUGGUUUUUUUUCUAUGAAAGACCCAGCUUGAUUUAAUUUGAAGGCCAGCUUCAUUUGAUUUGUUGGUAUACAUCAGCAAGGAAGAACCUUAGCCAAAAUCUGAUCUCUGUUGCCAGUUUUGCUGGAGACAUUGGUUUCUUAACUCCCUCACAGAGAACCAUCCUAAACUUGGGCUACAAACUAUAUGCUGCUUCCUGCUGGAGAUCUCUGUAUGUACUGAUUGUUCCCUUCUACAACAGCCUUAGUUGCAACAGCUUAACAUCUGGUGGAGAUUAAUGUUGAGGCAUCCGGCUGAAAGUUUUUCUGGGAUUUCAAUGUUGCUGACCAGAAACGGGACACAAACGACACAAAUCUGAAAAUAAGAGGGGAGAGCUUUUAACUUAUUUGGUGUAAAAAGGGGGGUGGGGGGAAGGAAGGAGGGGGUAAUCCUCUUUUUUGGAACUAACUCAUGAAGAACAAGGCAGGAAAGCUGAAACUCAAGAGGAAAGGAGCCACAAACGUCUUUGGCUGCGAGCUAAGUGAAUAUCUGGAGAGUUCUGGACAAGAUGUUCCUAUAGUACUGAAGAGCUGCGCAGAGUUCAUUGAGACUCAUGGAAUUGUGGAUGGAAUCUAUCGGCUUUCUGGUGUGACAUCCAACAUUCAGAAAUUGAGACAAGAGUUUGGAUCAGAUCAAUGCCCAGACCUGACUAGGGAAGUAUACCUACAAGAUAUUCACUGUGUUGGAUCACUUUGCAAGUUAUACUUCAGGGAACUCCCAAAUCCUCUUCUCACAUAUGAACUUUACAAGAAAUUUACGGAAGCAGUCUCGUGCUUCCCUGAGAAAGAGCAGUUGGCCCAGAUUCAAAAUGUCAUCCAGGAACUUCCACCAUCACAUUACAGGACCUUGGAAUACUUAAGCAAGCACCUGGCACUUCUGGCAUCCUUCAGCGGCAUGACCAACAUGCACACCAGAAACCUGGCUUUAGUGUGGGCACCUAAUCUCCUUAGAUCAAAGGAAAUUGAGGCAGAGGGCUGCAAUGGAGAUGCAGCUUUCUUGGAAGUGCGAGUCCAACAGUUGGUGAUAGAAUUCAUAUUGAACCAUGUGGACGAGAUCUUCAGCGACAACGUUUGUAUCAGGCCAAAGGAUAAUGAAGAGAAUAAACCUGUGAUGAAGAGCCUAACUUUACCUUCCACCUCUCUGCCAAUGAAGCUGGUGAGCUUGGAAGAAGCUCAGGCCCGAAGCCUCUCAGCCUGUCACCCUGCCCGCAAGGAGCGAAGGGAGAACAGUUUGCCAGAAAUUGUUCCAGCCACAGGCUCCUUUUAUCAUACUGUCCUUGAUCUACCAGACAGCAAGAGAAAAUUAUCCACAAAGUCCAAGAAAUGGAAGUCUAUUUUUAAUCUGGGCCGGUCAGGAUCGGAAGCUAAGACUAAACUGAGCCGCAAUGGAAGUGUGUUUGUUCGAGGACAAAAAAUCCCUGAGAAAGCAACCAUUCGACCAGCUAAAAGCAUGGACUCACUUUGUUCACUUCCAGUAGAAGGAGAGGAUGAAAAAGGUCAUUUCAAGCGCACAAUCGUGACCGGAGGGUUUUUUGUUCCAGUGAUGAAACAACGAGUGGGGGGACCUAGCAGCUCAUUUGACCUCAACAAGCAAGACGCAGAGUGGGAUCUCAAAGGUGCCAUGAAAGGAGCGGAGGGAGGAGCAGAGGACAAUGAAGAGAAUCAUAGUCCACGGCCAACCCAAAUGAAACCCCUUCCUGAGCAACUGAAGGUAUUCCGCCCCACUGAAGACCCUGAGAAUGAACAAACUUCCCCAAAGAUGUGCCGUAUGUUCUACACUUCAAAUGAUGGGACAUCCAAUUUGGGAUUCCAUGGGACCCUAUUUCCUCUGGAAGCCUCUCCCCGUCACCAACAUAAAGCCUUGAAUAUCUCAGAACCCUUUGCUGUCUCGGUGCCCCUUCGAGUGUCUGCAGUCAUCAGUAUUAACAGUACACCUUGUCGGAUGCCUGUUAAAGACAAAUCAGCUUUCUCUGGCCUUCAAGAAUCUUCUUUUCUGGGAAAAGAAAGUGCUAUCUCUUCAGUCCCUGAAGGUGACAACCAUGACCAGUUAGAGCAUGUCACAGUCAAGGAAGAAAAGAAGACUGAGUCCAAAUCCAUAACAGAUUCUACUAUUGAGAAAAUAGCCAUUAUUAGAGAGCUGGAGUCUGUAAGUAUUCCUCAAGCAACAGUCAACACUCAGGAGACAAAGAGUGAUGGCAACAACUGCAGCCAACCUUUAAAAGAUAAGCUCCCCAUGGAACAGAACCCACUGGUUAUGAUCCUUGCAAGUCAGCAGCUGACAGAGAAAGCUAGUCAAGACCAAUUUGGAAUUAAGGACAUGUCAGAGCAAGUUUGCUGGCCAGCAGAGCUAUCAACAGAAGAUAAAUCACAUCUAAAAAAAUUGGUGGUUGAUGAUCAUUCCAGCACCGUGUGGCACGAUAUUCAACAAGAGCUGAAAAUUGUUGAAUCUGAGGAGGAGUUUUCCUGUACUGGAAGUUCUCUAAAGACAGAAGAACAACAACAACAGGAGUUUAAACCAAGUCUUACAUCUAUUGCUUCAGAAGCAAAGAGUUUAGUGUGUAGUUCUCUUCUGCUACCAACCCACUCCAAAGAGGAAAACCUAAUCGGAGAUCCAUUGGCUAUAUCUGACAUUCUUUCCAAAGAAUCAAAAGAUGUACAACUUUGCACCUCUGAGCCAUUCAGAAAGCAGAAUAGUAUUUCCUUCACUUCAGUGAAGCUGCAAAAUAUUCCAUGUUCAAAAAAUUGCCUACAAGAUGAUAACACAAAAAAUGACCUCCCAUUUCAAUCCUCAAACUGGAAGUUUCCAACAGAACUAAAAGAAAAUGCAGCUUUUUCAACAGACAAGCCAUCAUAUUCCAAAGAAAAUAAUUUAGAUCAGCCAGAAUGUGAAAGUAAGAAUUGGCUUCUUCAAAAGGAGAAAAAAGUUGAAACAACAACCCAAUUGGAAAAAAACAGUGACACAUAUUCAGAGAGAGAUCUAACCAAUUUGAAGAUUCACUGUGGAAUUGAAGUCCCAUGGGUCAAAGAGGGCAGAAUGAAUGAUCAAAACUCUUUUAAUCAACAGGAGGAAGAUACAUGGAGUAACCAUGUACAUAGUUUAGAAUUGCUAGAGCCAUGGGAAGAUCAUCAGUGGGUUACCAGUCCCCUUCAUUCUCCUACCUUGAAAGAAACUCAAGGGAAAGCACUUCAGGAGUUUCAGCCACAGAAUCAAAGAAUUGCCCAAAGCCAUUUCAAGAAACCAUGUUUCAGUCGUAGCUUUUCCUUAGACAGUAAAGAAUUUUUGAAAGCUCACUGGGCUAUAGAAAUACCUUUAGCUAAUGCAAAUGAGGAACAAUUUUGUGGUGACCUAGAACAAGGAAUGAAGGAAUAUUCACCAGGACAGUGGAAAGAAAGUCUUCAGAAAGCUGAAGCCUGGCUGAAGUGUUUAAAGGAAACUUCAAACUCACAUGAAACAAACAUGAAAUAUCUAAGUCAUGAAGCAGGCUUUGCGGCAAUGGACUUGCCUUCUAGUCUUGAAGGAUUGCCUAGUGUUGCCUGUAAAGCAUUGGCUAAGAAGGAACUGCCUAAAGAUGAAAAAAAUCAAGAAAACAUUAAGCUAGAUUCCCCUUUGUCACAAAUUAAUACUGAGGUCAGUUUAUUAAAUUCAAACUGCACAGGAAAGCAGGCAACUAAUAUUCAACAGAAUGACAGACCUGGAGUUCUUCUUACGAAAGGACCAUGUUGUACUAAAGAGCUGCAGAUCAAUAAAGAAGACAUUCCAUGUAAAGGAAAGCCAAGGCCCUCUUCUCUCAAUCUGGAUUCUGUCCUUCCACUCACCAACCAUUUUAAUUUUGACAACUUGUCUUUCUCCUCCUCACCCAGGCACUUUCUUUGCGGGCAGAAAGAAGCUAAGUCUAGUGAUUCUGCACCAUCCCUUCCUGUUGCUUGUCCAAGUGAAAAUAAAGCUGACCUUUGGGGAUCACACUUUGAUCCUCAAGACUUAGACUUAGAAUACAUAAUGAUGGCUCAUGCUACCACUGGUCGUCGUAAUUCUGCCCCUGUAAGUGUUUCAGCAGUAAGAACAUCUUUCAUGGUUAAGAUGUGUCAGGCUCGAGCUGUGCCAGUAAUUCCACCAAAGAUUCAAUAUACCCAAGUUCCCCAGCCUUUGCAGGCACAAAACCCCAACUGCAGAAUCUCACUGGAAUCAGAGAAUAAAGAAACAGAAGUCAAGAAAAGUCUAAUCAAGCCAAUUCAAAAUGCUCAGGGUCAGAUGCAACUUCCAAAGAGUCCACCACUCGAUGGAAUGGGAAAAGAAAACAACAGUACACUCACUUUGGAUUCAGUUGCAACUAGAAAAGCUGAAUCAUCUUUUUCCAAUCAUAAUACUACUCAGGAUGCACCAGUUCUUCGGCGAAAGAGAACCUCUGAAGGAGAAACUACUGGAGAUACUCCACAAUCCUCAAAAAUGGAAAGGCCAUCUGGGGUUUCAAAGCCUUCUUAUAGAUCUAGACCAGGAAGACCUCAGAGCCUUAUUCUAUUUAGUCCUCCCUUUCCUAUCAUGGACCAUCCCUCCUCUGCAGACUCUAGAGUAUUGUUAUCUCCAAUAAGAAGCCCUGCACAGACCCCUUCUCCAAGUCCAAUUUUGAAUGAUUUAUUAGGGGCAGCCCCAGAGGGUGUCACUCUUCGUAACAAGAUGACUAUUCCAAAGAAUGGCCAAAGACUAGAGACAUCUACAAGUUGCUUUUACCAACCACAGAGGAGGUCUGUAAUUCUGGAUGGAAGAAGCAGGCGUCAGAUAGAAUAAGGUCUUUCAAUAUCUCUUCCCUGGUGGAUGAGACGUAUUGGUAACACUGAGAACUAUGAAUAUGAUGCUAUUUUUGCUAAAUGCUUAUUACUAAAACAGUAAUUGUUGAUUUCAACAAUCCUUAAUUUUAUACUUUGUCCAAUUUAAUAGAUGACCUAUCCCAUAGGUGAAAGCAACAUUUUACUGCAAGGAAAGGCAGGGGUAAAAGUUGUCUAGAAAUGUAUUCCUUUAUAAGACACUUUCAUGCUUCUGCUUCCCACCAAUGGACACAAGUAAUCUCAGCUAAUAUUCCUUUCCGUGAUGUUGCUUAUUGUCUUUCUAUAAUGUUGAAAUGCUAAGUAUUAGAGAUUUCAGUCUAAGUACAUAUUCAAAACAUCAGACCUGCUCCAUGCAUCUAUAUUUAGACCUACAAGGAGCAUUGUCAAAAGAAUAAUGUACACACUGGGCACUCAAAUAAGUGGUGAGAAGAAAGGAUGAUGUGUUUGAGUGAAACCUAUUUUGAUAAGCUAUUAUUAUUAAAAAACACCAAUUAUAUCUUACAUUUCUCUAAAUGGUUGAUGUAUUUUAAUACUGAUUAUAGCCAUACAAUAUAAAAUAUCUGCUCUGUCAAUGAUUGGAAGAGUUAGCGAUGUAAUAGUAGGGAUUGAACCUGAGGUGGUAUUCAGCAGGUUCUAACCAGUUCUGGAGAAUUGGUAGCGGAAAUUUUGAGUAGUUUGGAGAACCAGCAAAUA